GCGCAUUCAAGCCUAUCGCCGAUCUGAGGCCGUAUCUCCUAUCUCCGCUACGUUCACUUCGAGUGCAUGAGUGAGCUGUAUGCUACUUGGCGGAGCCGAAUCCAUCUCCUAGUCACACUCAACCCACCAGGUCGUGAUUUUCCAGAUAUACUUAUAGACGUUCUUCAGGGAAAGUUGUCCUCAGUCAUUCUUCCUCCUCCACAGAAGCCUGUGUGAUAGGCCCUCAAACUUUGUGAGAAGGUCACCAUGAAUUCAGCUAUAGUACUCGAUGUCCAAGUUCUAAGUACUGAACGCGUCUUUCCUGAUAUACGCCUCUCAACACGACGUGACAUCAGACUAUCCAUCAUCGAUGAUGCCGUCGGCAACUUUUCAUCUACAGCAGCGUUGUGGAUGUUCGACAGCUGGACCCUCUCACCACACCAUUUGAAAACAUCGCUGGAGAAGACCCUGACCGCCUAUCCUCAAUGGGCGGGUCAGAUAUAUCUUCUGCCUCACGACAGUCAUCCUAACGGAAGGCCUCGCUUUGGUCGUACAGCCGUCUCGUACGGCGACUCAAGUGACCCUGGAGUAGAGCUCAUCGUGGCAACUUGCGACUGCCCCAUCGCUUCUCUCAUUCCGAGCACUGCUGAACGCGCUACUUCAUUCAAAGCCCUCGAUCUCACAUCUUUCCAGCCGCACAAGUUACUCCCUUCCACGCAAAUGGCCCUGUACGACAUGAAGGACCACGCCGGUUUUCCAGGCGUGGCUAUCCAGCUCACGACUUUCUCCUCUGGCGGCGUCGUACUGGCUCUCAAAAUACGGCACCUCCUCGCAGACGCCCAAUCCAUGAUGACAUUCGUACAAGACUGGGCUGCGACAAGCCGUGCCCUUCUCACGGGAGAGCUCCUUCCAGUCUUAAAUCCACUAUUCGACCCGAGCCUAUUGGAUCGCGCCGCUUUAGGAGACAUCGAUGCAUCGGAACCAGACCGGGAGCUGGUUGAGAAGGCGCGCGGGCUCCCGCUCAGGCGAUACGACUGGUGGAUAUCGCAAGAAGGAUGUCCGCCACCCAUGUUUCCUUCCACUCAGCCGCCACCCGAGCUUGGCGAAUCAUUCAUCAUCGAACCGGUCGGCGACGCCAUGCCUUGGGACGAGUGGAAUAUCGCGGAGCCCGUCAGUCAUUACCUUAUCCAUUUCUCGAAAAAUGAAGUCGACGAACUUUGGAAGGCUGCUUCGUUUUCACCGACGCUUGGUGCACCCUCCGUGAGAGUCUCAAAGAUGGAGGCUCUGCUGGCGUAUAUGUGGGCUCUGAUCAAUCGCGCCCGAGGACUGGAGGAGGACGAUCAGCUGGUGCAUCUCGACUUGACGUUUGGGCUUCGACCUCGCGUCUCUCCACCCCUACCCGAUGCAUUCCUCGGUUCACCCAUCAUGUUAGCCCUCAUCUCCGCCACAGGAAAGGAAGCAUCUGCUAGUGCCAUGAACACCGACGCGAACCCAUUAUCCUCGCUCUUUCACAUCGCUUCUCGCAUCCGCUCUGUUCUCUCUCAAUUCGACGCCGACGCCAUUGGAGCAUGCCUCCACGACACGGCACAUACCAUUUCUCCCCAACGCCUCUGGCAGGCCUUCCUCGGACGGCGAAACGUCCUCUUCACAUCCUGGGCUCAUAUGGAUGUUUACGGCGUCGAUUUUGGAAUGGGUGCGAGGCCGAGAUACGUCGAGCCGAUCAUGCCGAGCUGCGAUGGUUUACUGCAGAUCAUGGAGGCGGGGAGUACGAAGAGCAUCGGCGAAAAGAGGGGACAUUGGUGUGAGGAGGGUGUGGACGUGUGCGUUUACCUCGAAAGGGGAGCGAUGGACAACUUACUGAGAUUGAGGGAGAGUUGGAUACCGAGAUUGGAGGGCUGA